AAACGCGCUCGCUUCUCGUUAUUUCGACAAACGUUGGUUUGUUUCAUACAUAUGAAUCUGAAUAACACUCAUAAAGACGUCAAUCCAGAAACUGGUGAAGAAAUUAAGCGUAAUGAGUAUCGUAAAAUGGGUACGUACGACUUCGUGCGGCGUGAUAUUGAAAGAUAUUUUGCACAUCCAGAAGAAGCAAUUGUAACUCCUGAAUUAUCUCAACCUCAACUUCCUAAACCACCACCUGAGUUCGUUCGAAACGUUUGGGGCUCUGCCGCUGGAGUGGGCAGUGGAGACUUCCACAUAUAUAGAGGUAUUAGACGAAGAGAGUAUACUCGUCUAGAAAUGAUUGAAAAAACCGCGGAAGAGGAACGUUUAGAUAAAGAGUUUCAAAUGAAACAACAAGCGUUGAGUGAUUUAGCAGCUGAAAAAACUGCUAAAAAGCGAGCUAAGCGUCAAUUGAAGAAAGCAAAACGAUUAAACAAAAGAAAACUAAAAUCGAAGUCAAGAUCCGAAUCCGGUAAAGACAGUGAUUACUCAGAUGAGCAAGUAGAAAAUGAUACACAGAUAAAAGAUCAUGAAUCUAAUGAGAUUGAAUAAUCUCUAAAAUAUAGAUCUCUUAUAAUGGCUGUUUGUAAAUAUUUCGUUACAUCUAUGUAUAAUAACAUUCCCGCCUAUUUUAACGAGUUUUAUUAAUUUUUAGUCUAUGGGAGUUUCCGAAUAAUAUCGUG